AUGACAACCUAUGACAAAGGGGCCAAGCCCGAUAAUGGACAAUUCAUCAGUUUUGAUCAUGUGAGAUUCUUGGUCGGAAAUGCCAAACAGGCGGCUGCCUGGUACUGUACCCACUUUGGUUUCGAGCCAUUUGCAUACAAAGGAUUGGAAACGGGAAGUCGACUCAUCACCCAGCAUGCAAUUCGCCAAAACAAGAUUAUUUUUGUUUUCGAAACAGCGCUCAUCCCCGGCAAUCACGAGAUCGGUGAUCACCUAAUUCAACACGGCGAUGGGGUCAAAGAUGUUGCCUUUGAGGUAGAUGAUGUGGAAUGGAUCAUCAAAACGGCAAAGAAAGCCGGAGCUGAAGUGGUACGAGAUGUCACCGAGGAGAGUGAUGAGCAUGGAACUGUUAAAUAUGCUUCCGUGAAAACGUAUGGAGACACACUUCACACACUUCUCGAACGAAAGAACUAUCGUGGUCUUUUCUUGCCCGGCUUUAAGGAGCACCCUAGUCCUAAAACAUUCUGGCAAACUUUACCCAGGGCUGGAUUGAAUUUCAUUGAUCAUUGUGUGGGCAAUCAACCGGAUCUCGAGAUGGAGUCCGCGGUGAAGUGGUACGAGAACGUGCUCACCUUUCAUCGUUUUUGGUCAGUGGAUGACUCAAUGAUUCACACCGAAUACUCAGCGCUUCGCUCGAUUGUGGUCACCAAUUACGAGGAGACAAUCAAGAUGCCGAUCAAUGAGCCGGCUGAAGGCCGUCGAGCUGUCUCACAAAUUCAGGAGUACGUGGACUAUUAUGGAGGUGCCGGAGUUCAGCACAUUGCCCUAAACACUUCUGACAUCAUUGGAGCCAUUCGCGCUUUACGAGCUCGCGGUUUGGAGUUUCUUUCGAUUCCCGACACUUACUAUGAUAAUCUUCGUGAGAGAUUGAAACAUUCACGCACAAAGGUGACAGAGGAUCUCUCCGUUCUUCAACAAUUGAAAAUCCUUGUUGAUUUUGAUGAGAAUGGAUAUCUUUUACAGAUCUUUUCGAAACCUUGUCAGGAUCGUCCUACGCUUUUCUUGGAGGUUAUCCAAAGGCACAAUCAUCAGGGAUUCGGAGCUGGAAACUUCAAGGCACUCUUCGAAUCGAUUGAAAUGGAGCAAAACGAGCGUGGCAAUCUUUUCUAUAAAAGUGUCGAAGAAGGUGGAGAGAAAUUGCCCGGUGGAUGGGCU